CUUAUACCUUAUCCUUAUCUUACAAUUAAAAGAGGUAAUGGGCAAAACAUAUCCUUGUAUUGACGCUGAGUGAAGCUUUCUUGUUUUGUCCACAUCCUUAUCUUAGAUGCAUGUUCAUAUUUAGUAACGUAUACCAUAUCCCUACAAAAGAGAGUCUGAAUGGCAAGGAGAGCGCAGUAGAUGAUGAUACACAGAUUAUUGGUGCUGAGCCAACUUCUUUCUCUAUGCUUUUCAGCCUAGUUUCUAAUAGGUAUGCAGCAAAAUGUGAGAGUGGCCACUAAAAUUUCAGUGAGAAGCUAACACAGAAAGAACUGUAGAGAGGUGGGUAAGACAGGAAAGUGGAGAUGGAUUUGAUUCUCUGCCAGAUGUGAGCAGCACGGCCCUUUUAUAAAAGUAAAAGUUAACUUUUCUGGCUGUAUCUUUUAACAAGUAUUUUUACUGUAGUGGUGUAAAGAUUUUGAUGUGCAUUGUUAUAGCUUAAUUUGCCAUUAAGGGUACUCCAUACUCCAUUAAUCUAUACCAAUGUACUUGAGAUAUUUUACACUGUCUCUGCAAAAUGUGUUUACUGGAGAUGCAUUCCUUGGAAGGUUCACUGAAUCAAAGCUGCUGAAAGCCAUUACUAACCUGGAACCCUAGAACACUGGUAGUCUCUUUAGGUGCAGGGCUUCUAAUUAUGUAGGUGACAGUUACCAGUUGCUACAAGUUUUGUUCUGCAUCGUGAACACUUUCACUGUUUUUUCUAGUUGCUCUUUCCUGUCUGUGUGCCAUCUUGUCUGUUUCUCUGUUGACUUGUUCCUUCCCUUGGAUUUCUUUUGCAUUUUUAUUUUAACCAGGGUAAAUAGGAGAAGGCUGGCAAAUACUGAUUCCUCCCAAAGAGCAGACUUUCCUCUGCUGCCAGAAGCACUAGGAACUGUCUAGAGAUAUUCUUUCAAACAUUGCUUUUGUCCCAGCAAAAGCAAUACGGAUCAUACACUGGACCUACCUAUGCUCUGACAUGCUGGUUUUUGUUCCUGGUACUGAUUUGCCAUCCAAUACCUCAGACAGAACCAUUACCCCUUUGAUAAGGCAGGAACAGAAUGGAGAGCAACCAGGGGAGGACAUGACAUAUUGUUGGUCUCACAAAUAGGUUGUAGCCCUGUGGAGCACCAUGGCAGUACAUACGAAAAUUAAGCUAGAGUUGAGGAGGGUGCUACUGAGAGCCUUACAUUCUCUCAUUUAUCUUACUGAUUGCAGUCAGUAAUUAACAGCAGUCUUUAUAUAAAUCAUUCUGUAGUCCUGCUGCAAGGACUCUAUUAAUGCACAAUUUGGACAGAAAAUUUAAAUUCAGAAAGGUCACACAGUGUUUUGCUGGGACUCCAUUGUUGCAGUAAAACCUGGUGUAGACAGCAUUACCUGCUUUCAGACUUCUUUCUAACAAAAGCAGGUAGUUCUUCUUAAUACUUGUACUUAUAUUUUGUUAGAUUGUGUAUUUUACUUACUAUGUGGUAAAUGUCAUCUAACUGUAUUAUACCUGUAUAUUGCAAUAGAGCUUUGUAACUGAUAGGUAAAAAAGUUUUGAAACCAUUUUUCGUAGCUGGCUUUGCAGCAGGUGUUUGUGUAUUGCUGUUUGACUGCUAUAUUUGCAGGUGUUGUUACAAUAUGAGAAGCUCAGGAAAGCGAUAAUGCUACAGUCAGUGAUGUUCUUGUCCUCCUUGGUGAUCUGUCACUUGUAUAGCUAUUUUUUCUUCUCCAUUUUUUCUUUUUUUUCUCUCUGUUUUCCAAGAGGAGGCAAAAAAAAAAACCUAACCAAACAAAAAAACCUGCUUGUGCAGUAAACAGUGGUUGAAUGAAUGAGUGUAUUUUAAUACCAGCAUCAGAGAGAGCUGUAGUCAUUGUGGCCUCUUUUGACUUUGAGUUUGGACCACAGUUUGCUCUGCUGUUGAUACUUUGAGACCUGGUGUUUUGAGAAAUGGACUGAAUGGUCUGAAAUAUAGGUUUUUUCUAUUUCAGAAAAAGAAAUUUCCUUGGCUAAUUUGUACACCCUUGCUAGGGGGUAUAAUGUGCCAGGAAACGGAAGCAUUGAUUUCCGUUGUCCAUGUUCUGUCAUGUUCUUAGUGUUCAUUCCUUGGUUUGAGUUAAGAAGCAGACUUCAGUAAUUGGUUCUAGAGAAAUGAGGUACAUAAUUGCUUAAAUUAACUUCUCCAAAAUUAUUUACUGUACUGCAGCAAACAAAUUAACAAUGCAGUAACAAUAAUAUCUAACUGUAUAUGUUCAGGAUGAUCUUUAUGAAUUCAAUGGAAAGAAGAUUAUUAAUAGCAAACAAAGCUAUAAUUAAAAGCACUUGCAGGUGACUGAUUAGGGUUGGAUCUUUCUCAAACUUCAGGUGUGAAAGUGCUUUUCAGCAAAGCUCUCAUUGUACCUGCAGGUGUGAACCUUAGUGUGAAAAAGUCAUUGCCAGAUAAAUGCCACCUCAGGAAAGUAUUUUUUCUAGUCUCUAAUAUUAAACUUUAUGCAAUCUACUUGCUGUAUGUACACUGAUAGUUUUUCAUCCUAUAGGCAAACUGGUACAUACAGUUGGCCUCUUUUUGUUACGCAGCAGUUACCUAGGGCUGGUACUUGUUACAAGCUCAGAUUGCUCCAUCUGUUAGAGGAAAUUCUCCUGCUUCUCCAAGUUCUUGCUGGUGCUGCAAGAGCUCAUUACUAUUAUGCUUUAAUGUUCUGACACUUUUGUUUCCUUGUUUUUCCAUAUAUAUUGUGAUUUGGGAGCUGUUGUUUUGCUCUUUAUUUGUCCACUUUGUAGGAAUUCUGAUCAGAGACCAAGACCCUGACAUACUAGGUAAAACUAAAAGGGAAGAAGGCAGGUUUAUUAUUAUUUUUUCCCAGUGAAGAAAGUAUUUCAGAAUAGCAUUACAUGUAAAAGGAAAAACUGUGGUUGAAACAUGUGGCACUUGUUGCCUUAUGGAGGGCACUCUCUACAGCUGUCAUUGGCACCUGUAACCUACUGAAACUGGCAUCAUACCUUCUUAGUGGGCUCUAUGUCAAAAUGGCAGAUGGGCUAGAGCAGAACCUUGCCAGAAAACAGUUUGUGCACCACGUUUUGAAUAUUAGAGGCCUGAGCUCCUGUUUGAGAGUGCUGUAAGAGCAGACCAUGUAUAGCUUUUCUGCCUAGGGUUAAAGGAUGUAUCAUGCCUCUUCCAGCUUAGAGUAAUUAACUUUGAAAGGCAAAAGGUGGCUUCUGUUGCUGUGGAAUGCAAAACUUUAUUGAAUCACAAAGGUUUCACAGAGGUGUGUGAGCCAUACAGUGAAAUUUCCUACCAGUACUAAGAGUCCUUAACUUGGAGGCAAUCACAGGUAUCAGCAAAACGCUCUGACAGUUAAGCGCGAUUUUCUUUCAAAAAGCAGUUUACUUGUGUCUUGUAGAAGAUGAUUUCACAGGCAGGGUAGAUGGACAUGUAUGUGUAAUUCAUGUAAUAAAGCUACAUUUGUAAGUGUGCCUAGAAGAAGAAUGUAGGAAAAAAUAUUCAUAAACAUUGCUUGGAAAAGUGUGUGUCAAGGAAGUGAUGAUGCAUCAUCAGACACUUAAAGCACUGAAUGAUUUGGUUCUUGGGGAAACACUGAAUAUAAGGAAGUGUUGGGGAGGAAAGCUAAAAAGCAUGUUUUUUGCUUGCCUUUAAAUAUUAAUAUUCUUCAUAUGUAGGAUAUGUGUAAUUGUGUACUACAUAGCAGAUGCUGCUACUUAUUUAUUUGUUUACAUUCUGUUUUUAGUAACCAUAAAGCUGCAACUCGGAUUAUUUUCUGUUGUUAGAUUCUCUGAGCAGUGCUGUUGUCAGCCAUUGGAUUUAACAGCUCUUGGCUGACCUCAGUGGGAUCAGAGUUUUUUCAGUUUUUUUUUAUUGGUAGCCUGUAACAUCAGAUUGUGGUAUUUCUGAUUAGUUACCCACUGAAACAAAGCAAAAAUGUCAUGCUAACAACCCAAGAACUUCUGAAAUACUUCUUUCACGUUGCCAAAACAAAUAUAUCCUCAAAAUAUGCAGCAGUGGCAAAGACACCAGCUGUGGACAAGAGCAGGGAUAUUUUGCUAACUGCCAAAUCAGUGCUGUUUUCUUUUCCACCGUGUAAACUUUGUCAACAAAACUGGUUCUGUGAGAGCUAUUGAAAAUAUUUCACUGUAUUCCACAUGUGACUGCCACAAAUUAACUGCUAAAUCUGUAACAAGCACAUUUGAACUGGCAAAUAGAAUUGACAUGUUUCUUUGUCCAACUGCAUACAAUUGUGCUGAGUGGUUGUAGGAAACCACAGUUUCUGUUCUAACAGCUCUUUCUGUUAGUGUCAUAUUAACAUUUAUAAAGCUACGUUAAUUAAGGUUGUGGCACUCAGCGACAGAUUGGAUGAAAUUUGUGAUUCAGGUGGAUGAUAAGAUUGUAACUGCUGUGCCUAGGUGAAAUUAGGAAAUUCUGGACAACAUGAGGUAAGUUAUUUGUGGUGUUCUGUAGGCACUACAGUCAGAAGUAAUGACAAAGAAUAUGUAUCCUACCAUACUGCUUUGUUUCAGUAUUUCUGUACUUUUCAGUGGCAUGAGAGCUGUGAUUGUAAAAUGAAGGAGAGGAAAGAAAAAUAGAGCUGUGCCCUUUGCAAAUGUUUUAUUAGACUCUUCUUGGCUUGAGAUGAAAGCAGCCACAGCCCCCUGCACGGAUUCAUCUUGUGCCAGUGUUCCCAGUUAACAGUUAGGUGGACAGUGGUUUUGAUUGCGUGCAUACAUGAACACUCUUCCCCCCUGACAUGAGGAAACUGCAUCUGUAGUUCAUAUAAGCAACACGCUGUAAAGUGGAACUCUCACAUUUGUUGUGCUAUUUUAAGAUACCCUUUGCAAACAUAAUCUCACCGUAUAGUGCUUCUGGUACUCUGUGUGUACUUAUACGCCAUCAGAGACCUCCUACAUAUCAGCAUUGCUCUCCUGCAGGGUCUCUGCUUACUGUCCUGCAGUCUAGCAUUUAACUGAUUGUAAUAUUAUAAAUAGCCAUGUGCUACCACACAGAACGAGGCUAGCACAUGGCUAAUUACGAGUAUACAGUAAUUAACUAUGAGCUAAACUCGCAGGAGAGUCUGUGGUGGUGGUCUAUGAGGUAUGUAAUCAGACUGUUUGUUAAACCUUGGGAGCCUUUCCAGUCUGUUAAGUAACUAUACAUAGUAAUGAGACCAUUUUUUAAAAACCGUUUAUGUAUAUUUAUGGACAAAAAAAUAGUCUGUUUUAUUCCUAUGCCAUGGGUAAAUGCUGCUGCCUGAUAUUUGAAUGGUUAAUUAAAAUAUACAACAAAAGGUACAUAGGCAACUUCUACCUAUCUGUAAGUAUGUGGUUAUCUGAGCUUUACGUGCGUAAGAAGUGUAGGAUAUUAUCCAUUCUUUAUGUUCUGCCUUAUUUCAUGUACGUGAGGUAAGGAUGAUCAUUCAGUUUUUCCUUUUGUAUAUUUGAAAGUCAUGUUUCUAAUUUUCUAGAGCAUCUGUUUGUCUAUCUUCUUGAGCUUUGUCUAAAAGUCUCUUCCUUUUCACAUUGUGACAGAUUGCAGUUAGGUUUGGUUUUAUUUUUCUUCAGGAUAUUCAUUCAGUAUUGCUCCAAAAAGCAUCCGCACAGUUACAGUGUGAGAACCAUGAGGGUUAGGCCCUUUUGCUGGGCUAUCUCCUGUUAAUUGCUCUUCUUCGUUACCCUGACAGCUGUUACUGUCUGUUCCAGAUUACAUGAAUGAGACCUCUCUUUAUAAAAUGUCAAGAUGUCUACAGGGAAGUUAGAUCAGACUCUUUGAAAUACAUUUGUUACUCCUCUGUACCUAUCAAGCCUCAGUUAAGUAAUUUGGUAUUAAAAUUUUUUUUUUAUACACAGGUUAUUUUCUGAUCUAUGUCAGUAAGAGAGUGCAUCUAAUUCUGCUUGAGUAAUGUAACAUUAUUGAGUACAAUGAAAACACAUGGGAUGUGUUCCUUUAAACUAGUAUCUUCAGCUGUUAGCACCUAGCCCGCAUGUGACAAAGGAAGAUAAAAACCUCAGCACCUGUGCCUUAGUUCCCAAUUUAGUGCAAGAAAAUGGUAAGAACUGAGUUUACCAAAAUGUUGUGUACUGAAUAGGACUGUUACCCACCUGAGUCCAUGGAUAGUUCAUGCAUUCCAGAGCUACUGUUUUGGAAUACGUUCAUUUUAUCUUAACUGCUAUUAACAGAAACAUUCACGUCAAGGUGGUCAAGCAGACAACAGUAUGAAGGACAGCCUGUGGGGGUUUGGGUUGGAAUGCUGCCACAUUGAACCCAGAGACUGAGUAAAGUUGAAGGAAGAUAAUGACAUCUGAAGAAAUCUGUUCGUGAUCCUAAAAAAAAUAUAAGCUUGGCUGGUUUGGUCAAGUUUACUUAUUUUUAUUAUUUUUAUUAUGUGGAUAAAAGUGGUCUAUUUUUGGUGUGUGCUGACAGUUGAAGUGUUUCUCACCUGGACUGUUGUUGGUAUUUGAUCACUGCAAGAAGUUUGAAAGGAGCACUUAUUUCCUAGGAACUGUAUUCUUUUUACUUUUUUUUUUUUUUUCCAAUGAUGAUUCUAAAAGAUGAUUUAGUCUCAUUAAAUUUUAAUCCCAGUAUAGCUCUCUGUAGCUUCAGUACUAUCAGAGAGAGCUGAUAGUUCUCUCAGGGUCAGAAUUAAAUAGAAUCACAUUGUCUGUGCAGAGAGGUUCUGUCUCCUGGGCUGUAAUUGGCACAUGUGGUCAAUUAUUGUUUUGAAAUUUCUGAUUGUACUGUGGCACAAUCCCUCAUCUCCACUUUUAGACAGGUGAUGGCUAUGCUAUCCCUAACUUAGGCCAGUGUCUAAAUAAUGUCAGAAUAGAAAUCAAGGUUCUGAGGCCAGAGUAAUUUGUAUUAGAGGAAAGCUGACAAUCUUGUCUGGAGGCAUAAUGUAGGUCAUAACUUUUAAGUGGUGUCUUUGUCACGACAGUGGAUUGACAGGAACCAAAUACAGAGGUUAUCCAAUUGACUGGUAGUCUAUUUAAUGGAAUACCUCAUUGUGGUGAAAACGUGCAGUGGGGACGUCCUGCUUCCUCCUUAGUUAGCACUGGAGGAGAGAGUUCUGAAAAUGUGGGUUAAAAUUGUUUCUAUGCUUGUUGAUUAAACUUUUACGGUACUUUGUUGAUUUGUUGUUGUUUUUAAAUUUGCAAAUCUUUGACCUUUAGAAGUAGGAAUUCAGAUAGAAUAUUGGAUAUCUUUGUCAUGUGUUUUUCUGAUCACCUUAGUUAAUCUUAAUUUGCUCUUUGCCACUUUAUUUCACACAGCUUGAUCCUCUCUCAUUUUGCAGCUUCCCCUCAUACUCACGUUCCAGUAGAAGAUGAUGCAACGCAUGUAAUUAAAGUGUAGGAGUAUCUUGAAAAUGGUCCCUUAUUUUCUGAACUGAAAUUUUACCAACGGGCUGCAAAACAAGAGCAAAUAAGAAAAUGGAUGACUCUCAAAAAAAUAAGGUGCUUAGGAAUCCCAGUGUUUUGGGGAUCAGGCUUGGCUGAGCACAAAGGAAAAAGCUAUAGAUUCAUGGUCAUGGAGAGACUGGGGGAAGACCUUCAAAGAAUCUUUCAAGACUGUGGAAGCAGAUUUAAGAAGGAGACUGUUCUACAACUUGGGGCACGAAUGCUGGAUACUCUGGAAUAUAUACAUGAAAAUGAGUAUGUUCAUGGUGACAUUAAAGCAGCAAAUCUGCUUUUAGGCUACACCAAUUCACAUGAGGUUUAUCUUGCAGAUUAUGGACUUUCCUACAGAUAUUGUCCCAAUGGGAACCACAAACAGUAUCAGGAAAAUCCUAGGAAGGGCCAUAAUGGGACAAUAGAGUUUACCAGCAUAGAUGCCCACAAGGGAGUAGCCCCGUCCAGACGAGGUGACCUUGAAAUCCUUGGCUACUGCAUGCUGCAAUGGUUAUGUGGGAAACUACCGUGGGAGCACAACCUGAAGGACCCCGUAGCUGUCCAGACUGCAAAAACAAAACUUAUGGAUGAGCUCCCACAUUCAGUGAUGGAAUGGAAUUCUUCUGGAAGCAGCUGUAGUGAACUAUCCAAGUUUUUGGUGUGUGUUUAUGGCUUAGCUUACGAUGAAAAGCCGAAGUACCAAGAGCUUAAGGAAAUCUUGCUGGAUGGACUGGAGAUGAGCGGAAUUCCCUAUGAUGGCCCUCUGGAAUUUUCCAGUGCAGGAUGCACACAAAAUCACUGUGCUGCUAAAGCAUCAAAAGUUCGCUUACCAAAGCCUAUGCCAAAACCAGCUCAACAGAAGCAAAAGAAGAUGGAAAGUGAGGAAAACAUCUGUCAAAACAGGGCCUGGACUCGAGCAAGAGGCAGACUGCUCCAAGAUGAAGAAAAGCCAAGUAACUUAAACCAGACACUUCCCCAAACAGAGCCUCAGCAGGUUCACUUGCCAAAGCCUUCACCAAACCCAGUGAAACAGAAGCAGAAGAUGAAAGAGGAUGCCUUUAAGUACCCAAGCAGGCCCCAAGCUCAGAUAACGCACAGGAAAUCCCAUGCUGAAGAGAAGCCAAUGAAACUGAACAGCACCAUUCAGGAGACUGACCCACAAAAGAAAGACACAGGAAGAGAAUUACCACCACUCAGCCCCCACGCAUCAUUCUUGGAAUCCAGAAGGAAACUAGAUCAGCUUUUAACUACAAGUCAUCCACUGUCUCUGCAAGAACCUGGUCUUUCUGUAUCCACUAUAUUUAGGCUUGCAUUUACUGAAGAAAGAUACCACUACAGUAUAGCUAUACUUGUACUUUUGUUUCUGAUAUUACUUUCCUUGUAUUUUCUUUGACAUCGCCAUUUCGUUGU